CAACAUCCUGGCUAGGUUGUAGGCUUCCCGAUCACUCUCUCUUGUUUGUCCGAAAAAGCAAAGCUAUCUUUCAACUCUACUCAAAGAUAUCUCUUCUCUUGUCUCCACCUACCAGACCUGAAGUCAUGCCGUCUCCUGAGCAACAAGCCAAAGAUAACCGCAACAAGGGCAACGCAGCCUUUAAAGCCGGUGACUGGAAAAAGUCCAUCAACUACUAUACGAAAUCCCUGAAACAUGAUUCUACCCAAUGUGUGGUCUUCUCCAACCGUAGCAGUGCCUACCUGAAACUGGGUCAAAAGGAAGACGCCUUGAAAGACGCCGAGAAAUGCAUCGUCCUCAGCAAAACCUACGCCAAGGGAUACGCUCGCAAGGCCAUGGCAUUGCAUGCACUCAAAAAGUACACGGACGAAGUCAACGCCUACAAGAUGGGUCUCAAGCACUGUCCCGACGACAAGACAUUAAAGGAAGGCAUGGAAAAGGCACGUCGCUCAAGAACCAACAGCAGCAAGGCGUCCCAAGCAGCACGCAAGACCGAAGCCACCAUGAAGGCCGCCAGCAGUCGCAAAAAGAAGGCACAAAAUAGUAAUACCGUCUCCCAGUUUGUCAAUGAAACCAAAAAGAACCUCGAAUUGCAAUUGGCCGCCAUUCAAGCACAACUGAAGAUGGUCUCCGAAUUGGCCAGUAUGAAUAUGGAAGAAAAAAUGGAUCUCUUGUAUACGCUGUUGGAUAAAGAUCAUUCGGGGACGAUUGAUGCCAAGGAAUUGGCCGAUGGACUGCGCAAGAGAAAUGAUGGACUGUCGUUUGGCGAUGCUAUUCAAAAGAGUAUCGAAAUGAUUGCCAUUUACGAUGAGGAUGGAGAUGCCGAACUGGAUCGAGAAGAAUUCCGCCAUUUUGUCGAACGCAUGGUCUCGGAACUGCAUGCUACCAUUGACGAGUUUUGUGAGUUUCUCGUGUAUCAAAUCCUAUUUAGUCAAAGCGCCGAGGAUGAUGUGGAAGCCAUAGAUGUCAAUCAACUCAAAGAUGAAGUACGAGAACGAGGACAGUUACUGGAUGCCCUCAGUGAUCCACGAAUGAUGUCGCUCUUUGUAUUGUUUGAUCGGGAUGGAGAUUCCGCUGUCAGCUUUAAAGAAGUCGCUUGUGGAUUGUAUCACUUGACAAAGAGCAUGGAAGAAUCCGCUAAAGCGACAACUGGAUUACUACUCAUGAUGGAUAAAGACGACAAACGGGUACUCGUGUACGAACAGUUUGCCAAACUGAUAUUGGCCAUUGCGGCCGCAGCGCAUACGACGUUUGACGAAGUGGCAGAUGAUCUCACUCUGGCCAUGACGGCCGAGGGAGCCGAUCAAAUGGAUGCCCAUGUCCUCAAAGCGCUCACGAUCGCCGACGAAGAAUACAGGCAGGCUCGGGAUGCCGAACGAGCCGAAAAGGAACAAAAGAAAGUCAUGGAUGCACUCUCCUAUGGCCGCACGGUGCGAUUGUUUGAUUUAUGGGAUGCCAAUGGUGAUGGAACGAUUGAUUUUGAAGAACUAUUCGCGGGGCUGAGGCGGUAUCAAGCGGCGGCCAAUUCGUCGGCGGAUGAAGCAGAGGUAGAGGAAAUUGUCAAGGCGUUAAUGGCACAAGAUGUAGAUGGCGAUCAAGCGCUGGAUAAAGAGGAAUUCGCAGCCGCAAUGGUCAACUAUGCCGAUGCCAUGAAUACCGAUUUGCACCAGCUCAUAGACUUCAUGUGUGUUGUUACUGCACUGGGAGACGUAGCAUAGCAAGCAAUAGAAGGGAGACCAGGGGAAAACAUGCAAAAGUUGCCGACUAGCUGGACUUUUGGCGGUGACAUCAGCUAGUUGCUUAACACGACAACAAUCAGACCGAGCUCGAGAAUGAAGCCGGCUUCACUAUACUGGUACCCCUGGGCGCCAAGAAACGAAACAAUCUGCAGAUGGCAUCAUAGCCCCGAGGGACGUUCCGAUAGAAGCAACCACGUCGGACGGCGGAAUGGGGAAACGCUGGUUGUGACAACACACAUUCAAAGAAGUGACAAACGUGAUUCUGAAAGAUUGAAUUGCCUCCGGACAUUGGGGCGAACUAGCCUCCGCAAAUGCAGGACCAUGAUAGCAGUGGCAGCGAAGCAUUUAGCCAUCUCGUACAUGUAUUUCUAACAACUAAGCCUAGCAUUUUGGCUACCGCAUUGGUUUGGAACAUGUUUCAUUGGUUGGACCGACACAGUUUGGAUUUGCAGGCUUGCAUGUCGUGAUCUUGACAUUUGAAUCUUUCCGAGUCGCUGGGAUGAUCGUAACCUUGAAAGAGGACGACCACUUUCUUGCCAGGAGUGCCAGAACUAGCGGUCUUAGCUGCCAAAGCAAGGUGGCGACACCAACGGCGGGCUUGACACCAACUACUUCCACAUCAUCGUCACUGUCCACGUCCACUUUGGUUUUAGGAGCCACAGUGAUCGCCGCCGCGGGGUUGACAUCAAGUAAUUCCACAUCAUCGUCGCUGUCCACCUUGGUCUCGGU